GUUGGUUCCUCAGUAUCAGACUGGACACCGUUUGGUAUUGGCAGUUUCCAAACGGUCAUCCGAAUCUUUCAUCAUUUUCGAGAGCGGCAUUUCCAUCCUUCGUAGAUUCCUAAUUUUUUUGUGUGAUUUCAAGCAGUUGCAUUUUAAUUUCCAAAAUGAUUUCCAACGAGCGAGCAGCGAUGUUGAUUUUCGGGGUGGCCCUUUUUGUAACAUCAGGUUCGGCCUUGCGUUGCUGGGUCUGCUCGUCCAAUGUAAAUGCCAUGUGUGCUGAUCCUAUGAACACCACAGACCAUCAAGCUGCAUUUCAUAUCAGAACCUGCGAUACGGGUCACUACGGCACCACGAAAGCUAUUUGCCGCAAGAUGGUCAAACGAGAAUACGGCGAACGAAUUGUCAUACGUCAAUGCUCCACUCCGUAUCACGAUGAGCUCGAAGUUACCGAUGGCCUAUGCGGUAACACCAUGACACAGCCAGGACGCGACGUAAUCGAAUCCUGCCACAUCUGCAGCACCGAUUUAUGCAAUUCCGCGACAGAUGCGUCUGCGACACGAUUGCUUUAUAUCGGCGCGCUGAUAUCCUUCGCUUACGUCUUCUUGCAACAAUCGAAAUAUGGGAUACUUUAAUAUUUAACGGGCGACAAUCAAUUAGAUUACGUAUCGAUUUUUUUAUUAGAUGUGUCAGUAGCUAAUAAAAAGGAAAGAAAACUUUCGCACGAUAUAGCUACGAAUACUUAAUGUUGUCAAUUUGUGACUAACAACUUUUUCUCUGCGGACUGAUUAUUAUUUUCCGAUGGUUCUUCGAUCUGAAAGAUAUGUAAAAAAAAGUAUAGAUAUAAAAGAGAGAGAAAAAUGUGUUCUAUAUAUAAAUAUACAUAUAAUGUCACUCGAUGUAGUGCAAUUAUUUUUCUGAAACGAAAAAAUUAUGGCUAAAAUAAGCGCGCGAUUCUUACGAGUAAUAUUGGUUCACUAGUUAUUAUUGUUGUAAGUACAAAAUAAAGAAUGUAACAUAAUUAUCACA